CGUCGCUACCAUCCAGCCAUCAUGCUAGCUGAGGAAGUCCUGUGUAACUAGCUUUACCAGCUUAUGGGCUAUUUUUUCUUGAGUUAAUAUAAUUGUUUUAGUGGCCGCCGGGAUCUAGAAUGGAAACAGCAACUUGUGUGUGAACGUCGUUGUUUUCUUUUGGAAAGAGGGGCCCGACAGGACAGCUGUGUGUCGGCUAACUGCUCAGUAAGCUAGCGCGGCUAACCGUGAACGCACUCGACAACAGACGCCAAGUCACAAGUCGGCGGCUCGACGUUGGAUAUUUCAACCACUACCAUGGAGAAGGCGGAUUUUUUGAAAGGACUCCCUGUCUACAAUAAGAGCAACUUCAGCAGGUUUCAUGCAGACUCUGUUUGUAAAGCAUCUAAUCGAAGACCCUCUGUUUACCUUCCAACACGUGAAUACCCCUCUGAACAGAUUAUUGUAACAGAGAAAACCAACAUCCUCCUGCGUUACCUCCAUCAGCAGUGGGACAAAAAGAAUGCAGCAAAGAAAAGGGAACAGGAACAAGGUGAAAGCGACAGCCCAGCGCCCCCAAGGAAGAUCGCCAGGACAGAUAGCCAAGAGAUGAAUGAAGACUCAUAAGUGUGUGUGUGUGUGUGUGUGUGUGUGUGUGUGUGUGUGUGUGUUUGAGUGUGUGUAUACACAGGACAUAGUCAAUAUAAACAAAGAACAGAAAGGAUAAUCCCACCUGAGUAAAGACUUCUGGCCAUUCUCUAACAUGGCAGGAUGCCUUUCCUGGCAUGAAAUUAAGGGUUACCCACAGAGAAUUGGGGAAAUUUCCAUUAACAAAGCAGUCUUUUAUAGCCUAAAUAUCAUGUACAUGGAAAAAUGUGAAGAUAAAUGGUCAUAAAUGCUGUAGUUGGCUUUAGGAGAAUUUUACACCAACAUUUUUUCCUGAACUGUCCUUAACUCACUGUUGGUCAGUGACACUUUAGCCAUGAGGAUAGGACUCCGUACUGAUGAUUCUUUAAUUUGUAUUGACCAUAUCCUGUGUGGAUUCAUGUAUGUGCAUAUGUUUGUAUGAAUGUUGAGCUGUGAGUGUGUAUUGUGUGUUGUACUGUGUGUGUGUGUGUGUGUGUGUGUGUGUGUGUGUGUGUGUGAAUGAGUAGUAAAAAAAAAAAAAAGAAUAGAUCAGAAUAGAUUCAAGAUCAGCAAUGGACUUGACAGAUAAAGUCAGACUUGACCCUAAAAAAAACUGUCUCAUACUGGUACAUGACUUGUGUAGCCUUCUGUCAGCUGGAGAGUCUGUCCUGAUUUGUGCAAAGAUAACAUUUUUAUUACUGUUUUAAUUUUAUUAUAACUAUUCUUGUUUAUGUAUGGCAAUGCGCUUCCUGCCAGCCACAGUGCCCACCCUCUCAGUUUCACUGCCUACUCUGCAACCACAUGGGGGCAUUGCAUUAUUUCUCCACACUGUUUGAAUCAACAGAACCAAGAAUGCACUGUGAAGAACAGCACAAAGUAGAAGCAACUCUUCCACAUUUCCCCUUUAGACGUGUAUGUUUAUGGUGAAUAUGCAUAUCUCCAUUCUAUCCGGGAACUUGUGCUUUUAGGACUAAAUGUCGUCUUGGUGUUUCUGGGAAAUAUUUUUGCAUCUAGCACCACCCUCUGGCUAACUGAGGCUAGUAUGAAUGGGAUUGGCUCUGAAUUUUAGCUGUUCUGUCAUCAAUGGGCGUAAAAAGCAAAGAAGAAAAAAAGCAAAGAGUUGAUCUUAAAUAUGAAGUUGUAAAUCCUAAUGUUGGAUUUUAUUGCACAACUUGGCAACAGCACAGAUAGUGAGGAAAAAUAUGUAUAGUAAUGUCUGAAAAAAGGGAUAACAAAUACAUUAUGAUGUGUGUAAAUAAUUGCCAGUACCAGAAUUAGUUUAUCCAAUGAAGUAUCUUUGUGUCUGCCUUUUUGUAAAGUAACACAUGCCCAUGGAUACAAUAAGAAACAACUCAUGUGAAGGUAAAGACAAGAACCCCAUUGCCCAGUGGAUUUUAUCUUGCCUUGCAUGUUGAUGUUUUCAUGGCUGGGCAUUAUAUUCCUGGACUAGUAAUAAAACUUUGGGUUUGAGGUUGUGGCGCUAUCUUGUGUGACUGUGAAAGAUAUUAGAGGCCUUACAACCUGUCAUCAUGGUUUGGACCCUUUUCCUCUCCCAGCUCAGGUCCAAGGAGUUGUUCUGUACGUCCUGUACUUGUGACAGCCCUGGGUGGUUUUCGUGUGAGAGCUGGUGCAAUGGAACAUAGGAGGCUCAAAGGGGUAUUAUAAUUUCAGCCAUAGAAUGCACAAUAAGCAUGCACAGCAAAGUGCAGUCGCCAUCCUGCCUUGUUCCUGAGAUUCAGUUUGUAUUGGUGUCACAUACUGAACAACACUGAAUAAAGCUUCUUUUUUUUUUGAGAAAAAAUGUUCUUAUCACUGCCCAGCAGAGUCACAUAAAAGCAUCCUGUCCUUCUGUGAGUCUAUGCUGCAAUGUGGGUUGACAGUGUGGUCAUCUUCCUACCUACAGUGUAAAUAGCCUGUCUGUUUUUGAAGUGUAAAGCCACAUUUAGCUUCUGCUCAGACUGUUCUACGACACCCUAGGCCUUGCCCCCAUCUCAUGUGUGUUAGAUCAGAUUUGUUCUUUUUAGCUUUACUGAAAUAAAACUGGACUGAAACUGG